GUCGUGGUUUCACCAGCUCAUUUUGCGUCCACACGAGGUUUGACGUGUCCAACCUCACUUGCAGCCGGCGGGUUUGACAGAGGUUUGAAGAAAAUUCCUUACGUCGAACACUGCACGCAGGUGCCCGGGAGGCGACUAUCUGUCGUCUCUCGCUGCGCUGUCCGCGGCACGCGCCAUUCUUGCGCCGGUUGUCCAUGUCAGGUGCGGAGGUUGCUGGAGCCAGCCAAUUCAAAUACCCAUGUCUUCGUCGUCCCUGCUCGAAACUUUACCAAUGUCGGAGGUGGCUUCUGAGCACCACCGCAUCCGGCUCGUCGCGCUGCGCAUGAUGGUGCUCUCAGAUUCUCUCUGCGGGUCAAGAAUCGCGCAGAACGGCUGACCUCAUUUUGACCCCGAGGCGCCGCGACCUCUGGUGCCCCUCCGUCGCCUCGCCGUGACCGCCACGUUGUAGCGCCUGGCCACAGCGUUCAUCAUCAUACCAUACAAUCCAUCACCGCAGCCAUCGGACAGCACCAGUACCACGUUUUGUUCAAGUCCUCUCUCAUUGACGUACCUCUCGGCCACCCCGAGCUUUGCUGCCUGACGAUGAGCACCACUGUGACGCCCUCCGGAUGCCUGGCGCGGUGAGUGGUCACACACGGGGCCAUGGAACGAUGCCCGUAUGCAUACGGACAUUGUUCCAUUCUUCUUUGCUGGAUUGCCUUGCCCUUUGUUUACCGUCGAUGCAGGUCUGUGUGCCGCCCGUCUGGGGUGCCAUCGUAGAGCUGACUCGCUGGCGAAUCGCCUGAGGUAAGCAGCAGCCACCUCACGACACACGCACAUAUCCAUUACCCCCCAUCUGUAUCACCUGUAUACCUGACAGAGUGGUUCUCGCCGAAGAAGACGAGUGCGUCCACCGCAUACACACCGCGUUCAGCAUCAUCGAGCACUCCAUUCACCCAGGUAGACGAGGAGGCAGACCGGGGCAAACACACCUACAUAUCGACACACACAUGUAUACCAUGUAUACACAUGUAUAUGUGUAUGUGUCUGUAUUGUGUGUGCGGUGUCUGUACCCUUCCAGGUUGCACGUCGCACCACCUCCCGGCUCCCCUGUCCAGCCAGGGGUCCUCCAGCCACCACACCACCGCCCUCCCAAGCCCUCUACCUCUGACCCACCCCUCCUCGUCCACACUCCGCCCCCUCUCUCCACUCACUCACGAUGGACGUCGAGGUCCUCCAGCAGCGAUGGAGACGAGAUUCAGGGUCCUCCCGCCAAGCGCACGAGGACUCAGCGGCGAGCUGCCAAGGGCCUUCCACCGAUGAAGGACUGGCAAGACGGGCCGGCCGCCUCUCGUCACUUUCCAGCCGUCGAGCCAAUGGAGGUCGGCAACCCUGUCCACAAACCGGGACCGAGGAAGUCAUACGGAAGGCAUUCGGUGGGCAGCCUUGAAUUCCUCAUGCCAGGCGGCCGGCUCGGAGGGGGAUGGGAGGCGG